GCUGCUGCCCGUCAGCUGCAGCCCUCCCUCCCUCAGCCCUUUCUAUUUAUAUUCAACCUCAUUUCGCUCAGGGCCAUUUCUCCCCUUCGACCACUCUCUCCUGGCUCUGUUUUCCAACUCUAACUUCCUUCCUCACCCAUGGCUGGGGUUGAGGGGCUCUUCGACCGCGGGCAUGCUUCCUUCUUUAAUUAUCGCCCUUCGUGCCUUCGUCUCCAAUCUCCUCCACGCUGUGUGGAGGACGGUAACGUGUGAACCAGCAGCUCUGCCAGUGCCAGGCCGUCCUCUCUGGAAGCCAAUGGAGCUGAGCUCCAGACAACUGGCGGUACAGAAGCUGAAGCGGCGGUUCCUGGAGGCCCUGCAGGCCAACGACGCCCAGGAGGUCCUGGAGGUUUUACAUACUGGCAAACUAGACAUUGACACCGUGUUGGAGGUAGAAGACCCCAGCAUGGUCCUGGCCUCAUACAAACAAGGUUACUGGCUGCCGGGCCACAAACUGGAGAGCUCCUGGGCGAUGGGCAUUCACGUGUGCGUGAUGUACAACGCUCUGGAAACAGCCCUGGUGCUCCUCCAGGAAGGCGCGGCCGUCAACCGGAUGCCGAACGGCAAGACGCCGCUGCACGUGGCCUGCGAGGUCUCCAACGGCGACUGCGCGGCCCUGCUCCUGGCUCACGGGGCCAAGAUCAACAGCCUGUCCCUGAGCGGCCACACGCCGCUGCACUACUGCAUCACCAGGGAGUCGGUGGCCUGCGCCGAGCAGCUCAUCCUCCAAGGGGCCGACGUCAACGUGCGCGGCCACAACAACGAGGAGGACACGCCGCUGCACGCAGCGGCCCGGUUCGGGGUCCCGGAGCUGGUGGCCCUCUACCUGAUGCACGGAGCGACUGUGGACGCGCUCAACUCCGCCCAGGAGACGCCUCUGAUGACCGCAGCCUUCUGGGCGUACGACAGCAAGGAGCAGGUCUACAGUGAAGACCACCACGUCGUCUGCCGCAUCCUGCUGGACCACCAGGCAGAGACAAACCUCCAAGAAGAAGACCACAAGACGGCGCUUCACAAGGCCGCCUGGAACUGCGACCACGUCCUGAUGCAGAUGCUGCUGGAAGCCGGAGCGGACGCGCGAGCCAUGGACAUCAACGGCUGCGCUCCCAUUCAGUACGUCCUCAAGGUCACCGACGUCAGGCCCAUGGCCCGACCUGAGGUCUGCUUCCAGCUGCUGCUCAACCACAACGCAGCGCGGAUCUACCCGCCGCAGUUCCACAAGGUGCUGCAGUCCUGCCACGAUUAUCCCAGAGUCAUCGAGGUCAUGGUCAAUUCUUACGAACAUAUAAAGCCCACAAGGAAAUGGAGAGCUGCUAUCCCCGACGACUGCUAUCAGCGACAUAAGGACUUCUACGACUCCGUGUUCGCCAUGUGCAGCACCAGCAGCCCUCGCAGCCUGCUUCACCUGAGCAGGUGUGCCGUCAGAUCCAGCCUGGGUGGGCUCUGCCACACGGGCGUCGCACAGCUGCCUCUGCCGUCUCCCAUGAGGAAGUAUUUGUUACUGGAGCCUGAGGGCGUUUUGUACUGAUGGGAGCAAUGCUCAAAACGUCACCUGGCGUCUAGUGUUCGAACCCUGUUUCUCUGCCGGGUCAGUGGACGGAUUUCUUUCCGGGGUUAAUCUUGCACCAGUUGACUGCGACCUUCUCCAUCACUCUUGCUGCUGUACUCCAGGGUCUCCACACCUGCCUGGCAACCGGCCAUCGCGCUCGCUCUCAGGCUCGUAGGGGUCUGUUUACAGAAAAAAACACUUCACACAGCUCUCCACUGAAAGUGGUUUCAUUUUCAAAUGGCUGCACAUCCAGCCGCAUCAUUAGACCAAUGCCAUAACUGAAACUCUAACCCUAGAAACUCAGGAACAUAAGCUGUUAUGUGUUUCUAGUGAUGCUAAACUAAGCUAUGGCAGGUAAUGACUAAAACACGUUGUAGAGAGGAAAUGAGCUGAGUCAGACAGUCAGAGAUAGAUCUUACUUGAUUUACCUAUUUAAUUAAAACACCAACUGCAAGUACGGCAACGUCUAAACAUUACAUUCACUAAAGAGAGUGAGUCAAAUCACUGGGAGGUGAGAGAGUUUUAUUUCCUACAUUCACUGGUCCUUUAGUGGUGAACCAUGACAUCAGUACAGUAACACUUGGCCUUAGAGAGAAACAUUUGCAAAGCAUAAAAAGCAUUGAAACCUCUGUGAGCUCGCAAAUCACAAAACGUAAAAGGGUGAAAUACUAUCAUUGCAAUCAUAAAACAGUGAGGUCUCAAAUAUAAAUCGUUAAGUGUGAAAUUAUGAUUGGUUUAGAAUGGUUGAAAGGAUGUUGUCUCAGCAGCUGUCUUGUUCUCAGAUGUGUUGCAUCACUGAGGCACAGUAGCUGUUUUCAUGUACACUGCUGGUUCAGAAUGGCUCCUGUAUUUACCCACAUAUGUUAAACAACACUGGAACAUUUCAGCCUUUGUGCCAACAACCUGGUUCUGGUUCUUAAUAGUUCUGCAGUAUGUUUUACACAAUCUGUGCAGCAGACUGUACAUUGAUAUGGAAUGUCGGAAAAAGAAAGCAAGCACUGGUGCAGUGAAGCAUCUUGCCUGCUGUUGUUUAUCAGUUUAGACUUUACUUUAUUUGAAAAACUGAUUUCAGAUCCAAAGGUGCAAUGUUCUGUUGUUUAAUAUAUCGAGGUGUAAAUCACAAUAAAAGACGUCAUUCUGAA